AUGAAUUGGACAUGGAAGAGGUUUUUGGAAAUAAGGAAAACUGUUAGGCCUCAUGUUGUUGUGUGUGUGGGAAAUGGAAGGAACACUGCUUUAUGGCAUGAUCGGUGGCAUCCAAUUGGUAUUCUUUGUACUAUUAUACCUAGAAGAGAUUGGGUUAGUAAUGGUCUUAGCGAUUCUUCUUUAGUCUGUGACGUUCUUGAUUUUGAUACUUAUUCAUGGCCGGUUGAAUGGGUUAAUAAGUUUCCUGGAUUGACUGAUGCUCCCAUGUUUUGUAUUGAUUCUAAUAUGAAUGAUGUUGUUGGAUGGAGGGAUAAGAAAGGUAUUUGUAGAAAAUUCUCAUGUAAACAGGUGUGGAGUGAUUUAAAUAACUUUGGAGACAUUGUUCCUUGGUUCGAUAUUGUUUGGUACAAUAAUUGCAUUCCUCGCAAUUCCUUUAUUCUGUGGAUGGCUGUCCUGAACAGAUUAAAAACUCAGGAUAGAGUUAGAGGCUGGGAAAUGGCUGGUAAAUUGCUGUGUCCUUUCUGUGAAAUUGUUCCUGAUUUGCAUAACCAUUUAUUUUUUAAUUGUGAUUAUACCUCUAGAAUUUGGAGGUAUUUCUGCAUUAAGGUGGGAUUAAAUUUGAAAAUGGUUGAAUGGAAUGAUUUGAUUUUAAUGUUAAACAGAAUGCUUAAAUUGAAGACUGGUGAGAAUUUGAUCAUUAAGUGUAUGAUUGCUAGCUGUGUUUGUCAUAUUUGGAGGGAGAGGAACUCUAGACUUUUUGGUUCUAGAAGAACUUCAGCUGAGGGGGUUAUAGCUAGUAUUGAGAAUGAAAUUCGUUUGAAGCUGAUGGGAUUAAGAAAAAGAGCUAAUUUGAUCAAUAAUAAAUUUUGGGUUUGGCAGUGGUGGCAGAUUAAUAAGGAGGAUGUUAUUAAUGGAAUAUGGUGGGGGUAUUUUGGGAAUAAAAACCUGCACAAAGGAAUUGACGGAAUAUGUCACUGGUUGGAGAGGUUUCUCUCAAAUCAUGUGACUUGUACCUAUGGGAUUUUCUGUUUGGAUAUAACCUUAAUGGAGAUUACCCAAAUAGAGAAUCCUACACAUAAAGAUGAAGCAUUGGAUGGAGGUGGGCAAUAG